GUUAUGAGUGCCCAAGGAACCACUGCUAAUCUGGCAAAUGGGGUUCUGAGUCGUGAUGAUCCGGCCCCAUCGACGUCGGCAGUCGCAGAAGUAACUGCGGCUGCAGAGGUUCAAGGGACUCCAGACAUGCAAAGUGUGCAUCGGUCAGUGGCGGGACCUGUUGUGGAGGCGCAGGACGAUGUGCAAAGCGUACAGAUGGUGCAGCCUUUCCAGGCCUUGGAGACUGCAGCUGGUGUGGGACAGGCGAAGCCAAAAAUAGCUUCGACGAUCUCAGAGCCAGGCGGUAGAUCAAAUCUGGAGCAACGAGCUAGCGACCACACAGCGGAUGAACUGUCUGGAGGUUUUGUUACCCCGAAGUCUGGUAAUGGACAGAGGAGUAUUGUACAGCAGGCCUGGAUGGGAGGCCUGGAUGUUCCGCGAUGGAUGAUGAGACUGGGGAGCUUGCUCAAUAAUGGGGCGGGCCUGACGACAGCGGAGCUCGCACCGAGCCCUCUUCCCAGCGGGAGUCCUAUGUAUUCGACGCCACCUGGUGGCGCACCUUUUCGUCUUAGAUCUCCGGCGAAGGUACUGGGAUGGAAGUCAUACUUAGCUGCCCCCUAUGGAGCUCCUGUGCAUCUGAGGAAGAAGGCGUUCGACAAGGCUGGACCCUUGAAGCGUGAAAUGGGUUUGGAAAGUCGCUGGCUGGUGGGCAAGUACGUCGGAUUAAGUUCCAUAGUUCACCACGGGCAUGUGGUAUACAUUCCACCAGAAGGCGAAGAAAAAGAGAAGUUUCUUCAUACAAUGCAUGUUCGUCCGAACCUUGUGGAUCCUGGACUACCGGGCGGUGAUCUCAGAGUUGACACUCCGCCUAAGCCGAGGAGGAGAGUUCCGCAUAAGACCGAGUCUAAAGAUGUUGAAAUGCGAGCGGUUCGGCGACUUACAGAGGACAUCAAGGAGCUCGGGACCACUACAGCGAGAGAAAUCUUGGAUGACUGGUCACUGGAACAAGCACUACGGCUAGUUAACGCAUUGGCUGAUAAGGAGUUCUUCGAGGACCGGAAGUUUGGAGUGUUUCGCCAUGGAGGAACAGUUGGGUGGCUGUCCGGAGUCGAGGAGUUUCCAGAUCUUACAAAGGUCCUGACAAGGAUUGUCCUGGAAGUCGAUCCCGAGGAGGAGAGCUAUGGGUUGAACUUAAACCUGGGGACGUGGUACAAGGUACAAUUGUCUACGUUGACAAAGCUUCGGGAUGCACCAGAUGAAAGACAGCAGUCAGACUGGUCGUUGUUUUUGGACCUUAGCAAUGGAGUUGUAAAGAUCGAUGAUGCUGCAAGGGAUGGUGAGUAUGGACCCAGAAUUUACAAGACGGAGGUGAGUUAUACUCCAAACAUUGAGGAAGUCUUGGAACAGUUGAAGGGGCCACUCGACGUUACCCACACCGUGAGUCCCGAUGAGGUGAUGGCCAAUUUGGAGCAAUGGAGGCCCUCAAUCAUGAAGGAGCUUGCGGGCAUUGAGAGCGCUAUCGAGAAGCUUCCUCCGGGGACAGUCUAUGCCGAAACAGCACCAGCCGAAGCAGUACGAGCAGGUCUCGCGGUGUCCAGCAGAAAUCAAUGGCACAUUGCGAUCUUGGAUGUGGUAGCAGCGUUUGUAAAGACGCCACUGGGAAGAUCAUCGUCAGAUCCAGUGGUAGUUGCACAACCACCACGACUUCUAGAAGCUCUUGGCGUUUCAGUGAAGCUGGAGUUAUGGGGACUUCUGCGGGCUCUCUACGGCCUACGAGAGGCUCCGUUGCUGUGGGGAAAUUUCCGUGAUGAUACCCUACGGACGAUCAAGACCCCGCGUGGACUGGUGUGGAAGCAAGGGAAAGCCAUUACGUCUUGGUGGUCCAUUUUGGAUGCAAAGGGCGUGGUUACAGCUCUGGUCGUGGUGUACGUCGACGACUUUAUGAUUUGUGGGCCCAAGGAGGUUGUCAAGGAGUUGGGGAGUGCAGUCCAGCAGGUGUGGGAGACUUCGGAAUUGACCUUUCUGGGUCCAGACAACUCGAUAAGGUUCCUAGGGAUGGAGCUACAGAGGGAGUCCGAGGAUGCCAAGGAGAUUCUGGUAUUUCAACAAGGGUACCUUCAAGAGCUUAUGCGAACCCAUGACCUGAAGCCCACACACCUUGACAAGAUUCCUAUCACAAAGGAAUUAUCAUUUGUUCCUGAAGUACCAGAGCCCAGCAACCCGGACCUUAUCCGGGCUGCGCAGCAGAUUACUGGAGAAGUCCUAUGGGUGGCGCAGCGUACAAGGCCAGAUCUGUCGUUUGCAACAUGCAUUAUGGCUACACUUUGCACACGAUGCCCUACACAAACAUUGGACAUUGGAAGGAAGGUUCUGGGAUAUUUGCAGCGUACAAAUGGCCGUGGGCUAGUGGUGUGCUGGCAAGAUGUGGGCCUUCUCAUGUACUCCGACGCGUCGUUUGCGCCACAGGGAUCUCGAUCCCAUGGCGGCUGGGUUGUGAUGUUCGGGGGUGUUCCAAUAUCGUGGAGAAGUGGGCGACAAAGUAUGAUUACAUUGAGCACCGCGGAAGCGGAGCUUCUGGCGUUGCUAGAAGGAGCGGUGGCGGCAAAGAGCACGGAGGCAAUCCUUGCGGACAUUGGCGAGAAGGCAGGGUGGUUGCAAGAACAGAUAGAUGGUGGCUUCUUUAAAGUGAUCCACUGGCCUGGUGAGAAGCAACCAGCAGACCUGUUGACUAAGGCUCUCAGCUCUGCCCGACUAGAAGCCUUGCUACAAUGGUGGGGUGUUGGAGAACGACGUGCUGCAGUACGACAUCCGUCAACAGCUAUGAAGGUUUCAGCAAAGUCGCUAUUGGCCGCAAUCUGCUGCCUAUUAAUGGUAUCGGUACAGGCAGUGGGCAUAGAGCAGCGGGUACAGGGAUCUGGUUUACAGGUUGAUGGGGACUUAGCGAGCCUUCUGAUGAUCCUACUAAUGAUUCUUGGAGUGCUGCUGAUCUACGAGGUUGCGAAGUGGUCUAUGGCAGAGAUAUGCAAUGAGUGGAUUCCAGGAGCUGGAGCACGGCGUCUUCGGAAGCUACAGAAGCUACAAGCAGCGACGACUGCGGCUAUCGAGCGUGAGCUGGAGAGGAUCCAAGAAACUGGCAGCGUGAUCAGGGAGACAUCUGUGGAUCAGGUAGCCAAGGAAAUGAACAAGGACCAGUACGGAUAUCUCGUCGGGCAGGUGAAGAUCAAGGGGAUCAACUACAUAUUCAGCGCUAAUGAGGCUGAGAACCUACGAGUAUGCCAUGACGUGAGCAUGCUGAUGACCUGUGAAAAUCUACGUGAAGGUCUUCUAUCCGAAGGUCUACCUCUUUCCGGUUUGAAGGAGGACAGAGCUCGACGUCUAGGUGGACGACUCUAUGAGAUGAUGCAGCAAUCUACAGGUCCUACUCUUAAGCAGCUCAAGUACGUGCUUUGGUUGUGGAGGACAAAAGAUCUGAGUGGCAGGCACAUGCUCCGCUACCAUGAGAUCAACGAUCGCUCGAGGGUGUCUGCGUUAAUAGCUGCAUGGAAGCAGUUCUGA